AUGGACCACGCACGUAAGAUUGGUAAAAAAAAAGGAGAGCCAAAGGCGUGGUCGAAGCCUCGCCUUUGCCAAAUUUCACAGCCUUGCAAAAACAUAUCGAAGGAGAAGCCACUCGAAGAGGAUCAUCGACUGGCAAACUGGAAUCGCUGGCUGGCAGACCGUCAACGUCGUCAGAAGCAUCUCUGUGCAGUUCUAGGUCGUGAGCCUCUGGAUCUAGCAUUGAACGCUCAUGAAAAGGUGCGCAGCAGGAACGAAACGCGAUGUCUGAUGCAGUCAGCUGUCAAACCGGAGGUGACGAAUCAAGACAAGUACCGUGGAAACCCAGCUUUUUGGCGAAGCGUUGAUCGAUUAGUUAAGGCUGGUGAAGAGGAAGAAGACGAUGUCAUUGGAAUAGCAGACAGGGACACGAGGAAUUUGCCACCUCGGCUGACCAGAGUUGCUCUGCCGAACUACAUCAAAAAAGAGAAGAUGUUGGUUGAAUCAUGCGUCAACGCGUCAACAGUCAAGUUGGCGUCAAAAUGGGAGUGUGGGGAUUACUUGCAACAACGAACUUUAGAAUUGACGGAAGAGAUGCAGUUUCUGGAAAAGAAGAAACCAGAAAUAGAAGACUUAAUGGUCGUUGGGAAAAAUAUGCAAUGCACCGAGCCAAAGGAAAGCUUUGUCAGGAUUCCAGUGAUCACGGUAACCCCACCAGAUGCCAAAAAGGAGUUGCUUCACAAUCCUGAUGACAGAGCAACUGUAAAAAUCCAAGAUAAAGAAUUUAUUCUUGAAAAGGGACGGCACUUCGAGAGACUCUCCCUCGAGCAGUCACGCAAAGUCCAAGAGGCCCAAGAAGACAUAGAUAACAAAAAGUAUGCAUACUCUAUUUUUGAAUUUGAACGUGUCUGUAGGAUUCUUCCAAAAAAGGCCAAAUCUAUAACAUGGUCGCUGACUUUCCAGUCCAACGGUUGCGAUAUAUGUACUAGAUAUGUUACAUUAGAAAAUAGUGGAAUAUAUGUAAUCAAGAUCCAUUGGCGCAAGGAGCCCAUUCCUUCUACACGUUUUUCGAAGCCCAGCUGUACCAAUAGCUCAUUUUUCUUUAACAAAAACCACAUAACAAUCCUUCCAGGUCAGAAGAUUAAAUUUCCAAUCUGGUUCUUUUCGGAACGACCUAGCACAGCCACAGAAACAUGGAAACUUGUUUUGGAACCAAAAAUAUAUCCAGGGAACUUAUACUUGCGUCUUUGGGGCAUAUCUUGUGCUGAAAAAUGGAAACAACAGCAGCAAAUGCAAUACGAGGGUAUUAAAGCCUUCUUGAGAGUCAGAGUACGGGACUCCUGGGUCCGACAGAUCGUGGACGAGGUGAUUCACAGAGCCACGACCCAGCAUCAUCUGGACUGUGUUCCUUAUAGCUGCUUCUUCCUCGAGCCAGAUGUCUUCCAAGCCAGGAACCCUGGAUACUUUUAUCGAUCUCUUUUGGUUGAUGAGCUGAAAGAGUUGUUUAGAGAGACAAUGGGUUGCCAUACUGACCAUUGGAACCUUUCAUUGGCAGACCUGCGAUCGAUUCUUUUAAAGAUCGAGGAUCCAAACAUGAGGCGUAUCAGACUCGAACGUUUUCGAGAAAUCUGCCUCGAAUGCUUCCGUCCAAUUACUCUUUAUGCACAAGACCACCCUUCGAAAGAGAAAUUAGUGUACUGGCUAUUGUGUGGUUUCUGCAAUAGGUUUGAAGAAGAGAGUCGUAAAGUCAUCGGUGCCCUUUACUCCGAGACCAAGUUAGAUUACGAGGAUAAUGGUUAUGAAGAAGGAGCAAGUGACGAUGAUCUCGCCAGUGAGACUCUUUUCCUGUAUCACGAAGUAUUUUACGUGAGAAUUUACCAUCUACUAGGUGAAACCAUAAGCAGAGCUUGUGCUGCCAUCGACUCGCAUGACUACUUUAAUAAAUAA